GUGACGAUUGAUGGCAAGAAAAUCCGGACCCAAGGCAAAAAUGCCUCCUUCGGCGAGCGGGCCCUUCUCUUUGAUGAGCCCCGGAGUGCCACGGUGCAGGUCUCGAGCGACCGAGUGGAGCUCUGGACCUUGGGGAAGUCUGUUUUCAAGCAGAUCAUCACUGCCAAGAUGCGAAAGGAUCUGGAGUACCGAAUCAGCAUCCAGGAUGCUGGGGUAACGUUGAACGAUCUUAAGCCCAUGAACUUCCUGGGCGCCGGCGCCUUCAGCACAGUGCGUUUGGUGGAGCACCGGAAAACUGGUGCCAAAUACGCGCUGAAAACCUGCAAGCGGACGCUGAGUGGAAAGAUGCCCGCGGAGAUGCAGACAGAGUGCGACAUCUUGGCGGAGAACGACCAUCCGUUUAUUCU